AUGUUUGCAGCUUGCUUCAACGAUUUCUUACAUGGAACCAUACCAUCUUCCAUAUUUAACAUAUCAUCAUUAAAGGUCUUAUCUCUUCAGCAAAACAAUUUCUCAGGCAACCUUCCUCCAUAUAUGGGACUCUCACUCUCCAAUCUCCAAGAGCUUUAUCUAUACUUGAACAAGCUCAGCGGUAAAAUCCCAAGCUCCAUCACCAAUGCUUCUCAGCUUAUUGUCGUAGAAUUGAACAGAAACUCAUUCAUGGGUUCCAUCCCCGACUUUGGUAAUUUAAGACGCUUAGAAGCACUUCGACUUUGGGAAAACAAUUUGACAGGAGCUGAAUCUCCCCAUCAAGUGAUAAGAUUUCUCUCUUCAUUAACUAACUGUCGCGAGUUACAAUACUUGGAAAUAUCAGACAAUCCGCAAAUGAAUGGGAUCCUCCCGGCCUCCAUUGGGAAUUUAUCUACUGAUCUUGUCACUUUUGCAGCAUCAAACUGUAAUAUAAAAGGUUCUAUUCCUCAGGGGAUUGUAAACUUAAGUAGUUUGCAUGGUUUGUAUCUUCACCAAAAUCAACUCACAGGAGAUGUUCCAAUACAUAUAGGAAACUUGAAGCAACUUGAAGGAGUAAAUCUUGGUACGAAUCAUCUGCAAGGGUUCAUUCCUCAUGGUCUUUGCCAAAUGAGAAUGCUCAACUUGUUGAACUUGAGUGAGAAUUUUUUCACAGGUCCUGUGCCUGGAUGCUUGGGAAGGAUUAGAAACUUAAGGGAGGUGUAUUUGGAUUCAAACAAGUUGAAUUCCACCAUACCUCUUGAAUUAUGGAAUCUCACAGAUCUUACGAGUCUCAACUUGUCCUCGAACUAUUUGAAUGGUGAGUUGUCAUCUCAAAUUGGUCGUUUGAAGGCUAUCAAUGAGCUAGACUUGUCUUGCAACCAAUUUUCAGGUGAUAUUCCUAGCUUGAUUGCAGGGUGCACUUCAUUGGAGUUCCUAUCUUUGUCGAAUAACUCGUUUGGUGGAUCUAUACCUCAAUCUUUCGAGAAUAUGAGAUCAUUGAACGCGUUAUAUCUAUCUCAUAACAAUCUUUCUGGUUUUAUACCUAAGAAUAUGGCUAACCUGGACCUCAUGUAUCUUGAUGUAUCUUACAACAAGUUGGAAGGGGAGAUUCCAGAUAGAGGGUGUUUCAUUAACUUCACUGCUGAAUCUUUUGUUCAUAACUAUGCUCUUUGUGGUGUUGCAAGAUUUGGGGUACUAAAUUGUGUGAAACAACAUGCUAAAUCAAGACUGAAGAGUGUUACUGAGUUGAUGAAGUAUAUUUUGCCACCCGUGCUUUCAGCUUUGAUAUUGGUAGCUUUUGCAUUUAUGGUAAUUAGGCGAUGCAAGCCAAAAAAAAUACCAUAUAAAGAUGAUACUUCAGUAGGUGAUCAUUGGAGGAGAGUUUCGUACUUAGAGCUUGUGCGUGGAACUAAUUCUUUCGGUCAAACCAGUCUGCUUGGACGAGGAAGCUUUGGUUCAGUGUUCAAGGCGAUGCUUUCUGAUGAUUUGGAUGUUGCGGUGAAGGUCUUUGAUAUGCAAUCAGAAGGAUCUAUGAAGAGUUUUGAGACGGAGAGCCAGAUACUAAGUAACAUCCGACAUAGGAACUUGCUUGGGAUAAUUGGUUGUUGUAGUAAUGUUGAUUUCAAAGCCUUGAUUCUUGAGUACAUGCCUAAUGGGAGUUUGGAGAAUUGGCUACAUUCUGAAAAUUGUUGGCUAGAUCUACUACAGAGGGUGAAUAUAGCAAUUGAUGUAGCAUUGGCCUUGGAGUAUCUGCAUCAUGGCUAUACAUUCCCCAUUGUUCAUUGUGAUAUAAAGCCGAACAAUGUGUUGCUUGAUAAGGAUAUGACUGCUCGUGUUGGCGAUUUUGGUAUUUCCAAGCUUUUUGAAGAAGGGCAGACCGAGGUUCUGACUAAAACAUUGGCAACUGUCGGAUAUGCAGCACCAGAGUAUGGAUCGGAAGGAAAGGUAUCCACGAACGGAGACGUGUAUAGUUAUGGUAUAAUGCUCUUAGAGAUGUUGACCGGGAAGAAGCCCACGGAUGAUAUAUUCAUUGGAAAUAUGAGCUUCAAAGAGUGGAUUGGCGAAGCAAUGCAAGAAAAUACAAUAAGUGAAGUUACAGAUCAUGGAUUGGUAGCUAGAGAAGAUAGGCAUUUCAAUGAAAAAGAGGGAUGUGUGUCAUCUAUUUUUCAUGUUGCAAUGAAAUGUUUAGUCAUUUCACCACAUGAAAGAAUAAACAUGAUUGAAGCAGCAGCAACUCUCAAGAAAAUAAGAGCCACACAUUUAGCAGGAACCAUAAGGCGUUAGUAAUCUCAAAGUGUCUUUUUUUUAAAGUCUGUGUAUAUAUAUAAUAUUUUCCAUAUAUAU